AUGACCAUAGAGGACCUCCCAGAGUUCCCAGUGGACGGAGAGUCUCUGAUCGGAAGAUACCCGUUUUUGUUUUCAGGUUCAGAAACUCCCGUGACCUUCUCCAUUUCCGCAGCACCAAUGCCUUCUGACUGUGAGUUCUCUUUUUUUGAUCCGAAUGAUACAUCAUGCCAGGAAAUUCUCUUUGAUCCCAAAACUUCUGUAUCAGAAUUAUUUGCCAUUUUAAGACAGUGGGUUCCUCAGGUCCAGCAGAACAUUGACAUUAUUGGGAAUGAGAUUCUUAAGAGAGGCUGCAAUGUGAAUGACAGAGAUGGACUGACAGAUAUGACUCUUCUACAUUAUACCUGCAAGUCCGGAGCUCAUGGUAUCGGUGAUGUUGAUACAGCUGUAAAAUUUGCAACUCAACUUAUUGAUCUGGGAGCAGACAUUAGUUUGCGGAGUCGCUGGACAAAUAUGAAUGCUUUACAUUAUGCUGCUUAUUUUGAUGUCCCUGAGCUUGUAAGAGUGAUUUUGAAGACAUCCAAACCAAAAGAUGUGGAUGCUACUUGCAGUGACUUUAAUUUCGGGACAGCUCUGCACAUUGCCGCGUAUAACCUGUGUGCAGGCACCGUGAAAUGCUUAUUGGAGCUUGGCGCCAAUCCUGCAUUUCGGAACGACAAAGGGGAGAUGCCCGCCGAUGUGGUUCCUGACCCGGUGGAAAUGCCAUUGGAAAUGGCCGAUGCCGCGGCCACUGCCAAGGAAAUCAAGCAGAUGCUGCUGGCCGCGGUGCCCCUGCCGUGCGAUGUCUCCAAGCCCGCGCCCCUGAGUUCCGAUCGUGCCACUAGCAAGGCAGUACUGACCUCAGCCGGCCUGAAGUUGGGGGACCGGGUGGUCAUUGCAGGACAGAAGGUUGGAACAUUAAGAUUUUGUGGAACAACUGAAUUUGCAAGUGGGCAGUGGGCUGGCAUUGAGUUGGAUGAACCGGAAGGGAAAAACAAUGGAAGUGUUGGGAAAGUCCAGUACUUUAAAUGUGCCCCCAAAUACGGCAUUUUUGCACCUCUUUCAAAGAUAAGUAAAGCAAAAGAUCGAAGGAAGAAUAUAAUACACUCUCCUUCUACAAAAGCUGUGCCUCUCACCAGGUCCCAGAAAAUUGAUGUGGCUCAUGUAACAUCGAAAGUGAAUACUGGGUUAAUGCCACCAAAAAGAGACAGCACUUCGGAAUCAACGCUUUCGCUGCCGGCUGGUGAGGAACUGAAAACCGUGACAGAGAAAGAUGUUCACCUGCCUGGAUCCAUCAGCAGCUUGUCCUCUGCAUCUUCCUUGGAGCACAAGCAGAGCCGCCCCAGGAAACUGAACGCACGUGGCAAUGGCAAGCAGACCACGAGCAAAAGCCCGUCUGAGCCAUCGAGGGCCAGCGCUGGUUUGAAUUCUUCAGCAAGUUCUGGAGGAAAUAGUGCCCGCCCUGCGGGGGAGCUCCAGCUGGGGGACCGGGUGCUGGUGGUUGGCCAGCGGCUCGGCACCAUCAGGUUCUUCGGGACGACAAACUUUGCUCCAGGACAGUGGUACGGGAUAGAGCUCGAGAAGCCACACGGCAAGAAUGACGGCUCCGUCGGCGGCGUGCAGUAUUUCAGCUGUUCUCCAAGAUACGGAAUAUUUGCUCCCCCUUCCAGGGUACAAAGAGUAACAGAUUCCCUGGAUACACUUUCAGAAAUUUCUUCUAAUAAACAGAAUCAUUCUUAUCCUGGUUUUAGGAGAAGCUUCAGUACCACUUCGGCUUCUUCCCAGAAAGAGAUUAACCGGAGAAACGCUUUUGCCAAAUCCAAGGCCGCCCUGCGCCGCAGCUGGAGCGGCUCGGGCCCGGGCGCGGAGGGCGCGCGGCUGCACGAGGGCGCCCAGGUGCUGCUCACCAGCUCCAACGAGAUGGGCACCGUGCGCUACGUGGGCCCCACCGACUUCGCGCUGGGCAUCUGGCUGGGGCUGGAGCUGCGCAGCGCCAAGGGCAGGAACGACGGCGCCGUGGGCGACACGCGCUACUUCACCUGCAAGCCCAACCACGGCGUCCUGGUGCGGCCCAGCCGCGUGACCUACCGCGGAAUAAACGGCUCCAAGCUCGUGGAGGAGAGCUGCUAG